AUGAGACGACGGGGCCCAGAUUUCCGGCGACCUGCGAGGCGGCGAAUCCCAAAUGUGUUCUGGUUGACGCUUUGUGGAUUAGUGAUCUUGCUCUUCAUUGUGCUGUUGAGCCGGGAGAACCAGCAACCGGCCGCGAGAUCGGCUUACGCGAAGAGGUCCUCGAGGCAUGAAAAAUUCAUAGAAGGCCUCAAUAUCACGGACGAGAUGCUGAGCCCUGACUCAGUCACCCGGCAGCUCAACGACCAAAUCUCCCUCGCCAAAGCCUUCCUCGUCAUCGCAAAAGAGAGCAACAAUUUGCAAUUUGCAUGGGAGCUCAGUGCCCAGAUUCGCAACUCCCAAAUCCUCCUCUCCAAUGCCGCCCUACGAAGAACUCCCCUCACGGCCCCGGAAUCAGAAACUGCCAUCCGCGACAUGGCCAUUUUGCUCUUCCAGGCUCAGCAGCUCCACUACGACAGCUCCACCAUGAUCAUGCGACUCAAGGCCAAGAUCCAAGGCCUUGAGGAACAAAUGAGCUCCAUCAACGAGAAGAGCUCGAAAUACGGGCAGAUAGCAGCUGAGGAAGUCCCAAAGAGCCUCUACUGCCUGGGGGUCCGCCUCACGAGCGAGUGGUUCCAGAGUGCGAACCUGCAGAGGAGACUGGACAACAGGCAAACAGCGUUGAAACUGAGAGAUAACAGUUUAUAUCAUUUUUGCAUAUUUUCAGACAACAUUCUGGCCACGUCUGUUGUGGUGAACUCGACCGUCUCGAAUUCAGACAACCCUGGAAAAGUCGUGUUCCACCUCGUGACAGAUGAAGUGAAUUAUGCAGCCAUGAGGGCCUGGUUCACAAUCAAUACUUUUAAUGGGGUGACAGUCGAUGUUCAGAAAUUCGAAGAUUUUACGUGGCUGAACGCGUCUUAUGUUCCUGUUUUGAAACAGCUUCAGGACUCUGAGACCCAGAGCUACUACUUCUCGGGCCACGGUGGGGACAGCCGGACCCCAAUCAAAUUCCGAAACCCGAAAUACCUCUCCAUGCUCAACCACCUUAGGUUCUACAUACCCGAAGUUUUUCCCACCCUCAAGAAAGUGGUAUUUCUUGAUGAUGAUGUGGUUGUGCAAAAGGAUCUCUCGCCUUUGUUCUCCCUCGACUUGAACGGAAACGUAAAUGGCGCUGUCGAGACGUGCAUGGAGACUUUCCAUAGGUACCAUAAAUACUUGAACUACUCACACCCGCUCAUCCGUGACCAUUUUGAUCCAGACGCAUGCGGGUGGGCGUUCGGUAUGAAUGUUUUCGACUUGGUUGAGUGGAGGAGAAGGAAUGUGACAGGCAUCUACCAUUACUGGCAGGAAAAGAACGUGGACCGGACUCUGUGGAAGCUCGGGACCCUGCCUCCCGGGCUGUUGACCUUCUAUGGGCUGACCGAGCCCUUGAACCCGUCGUGGCACGUGCUGGGCUUGGGCUACACGAAUGUUGACCAGCAGUUGAUCGAGAAGGGAGCUGUGUUGCACUUUAAUGGCAACUCGAAGCCUUGGCUGAAAAUUGGAAUGGAGAAGUAUAAACCGCUCUGGGAUAAGUACGUCGAUUAUGGGCAUCCCUUGUUGCAACAAUGCAAUGUCCACUAG